GUGGCCGCUGACACGUGCACAACUCAGCCCGGAAAUACAGUGUUGCUUUGCUUUGGCUUUGCUGAAUUGGUCGGAAGGAUCCACAAUCCAAACAAGAUAGACGCGGUCGCUUCUCGGAAACUAACGAUGGCGGCGGCGAGCGGGAUCGCGGCGGUGGGCGUGAUCGGCGCGGGGCAGAUGGGCUCGGGCAUCGCCCAGCUCUCCGCCGCCGCCGGCUGCGCCGUCCUCCUCCUCGACUCCGACCCCGCCGCCCUCUCCCGAGCCGUCGCCUCCAUCUCCGCCUCGCUCCGCCGCCUCGCCGCCAAGGGUCAGCUCUCCCAGGCCACGUGCGAAGACUCGAUCAAGCGGAUAAGGUGCGUCUCCAGCGUUCAAGAGCUCAGGGACGUGGAUCUUGUGAUUGAAGCCAUCGUCGAGUCCGAAGACAUCAAGAAUAAGCUGUUCGUGGAGCUGGAUAAGAUCAUGAAGCCCUCCGCCAUUCUUGCGUCGAAUACUAGCUCCAUCUCGAUAACCCGCUUGGCUUCAGCUACCAAACGCCCCUCUCAGGUGAUAGGCAUGCACUUUUUUAACCCUCCUCCGAUAAUGAAGUUGAUCGAGAUUAUUCGAGGAGCUGAUACAUCAGAAGAGGUUUUUGCUGCGGUUAAAACUUUUUCCGAAAGGAUUGGGAAGACUGUCAUAUGUUCACAAGACUACCCUGGAUUCAUUGUGAACCGCAUCCUCAUGCCGAUGAUCAAUGAGGCAUUCUGGGCACUUUACACCGGAGUAGCAACCAAGGAGGACAUUGAUGCAGGGAUGAAGCUGGGCACGAAUCAUCCAAUGGGUCCUCUGCAGCUUGCCGACUUCAUCGGUUUGGAUGUCUGCCUUUCAGUACUUCGGGUACUUCACAACGGCCUGGGAGAUAACAAGUACAGCCCUUGCCCUCUUCUUGUUCAGUAUGUUGAUGCUGCACGACUUGGAAAGAAGCGUGGACUAGGUGUAUAUUCAUAUGGGCAAAAGUCUUCCUCCGUCAAGCCAAAGUCAUCUCUCUGAACAUUAGAGCAGCUUCUGUAAAAUAAAUGGAAACUAUGUAUGUUACUUUGUAUAUCAGUGAAAAAAAAAACACACAAAACUUGCAGAGGUCCAAGGUUACAGGGUCAUGCAGGCUUUGCUGCUAUAUGUAAACAUCGGGCACUUCAUACCUUGCACCGAUGUGGCCUCCUGGACUGAACUUCGUAUACAUUAUAAUUUUUCAGACAUUCAGAUCGUCAGAUAUAUCUGGCCAA